CUCAUCUUCCACUUCCGCCAACACGCCAAAGAAAAGGGGCGAAAAGAAGAAAGAAAGAAGGGAAGAAGAUAUUAUCAGGAGUGACGGGACCGUCUUGCUGCCAAGAUGAAGUUGAACUUGCUCGUUUCGUCCGCCCUUCUGGCACUUGCUUCGGCCGCGGCCGUGCAAUCGCCCCAGCAGCGGAAGUCCUACGACGGGUACAAGGUCGUCCGUCUCACUGUCGGGAAAGAUGCGGCCAAGGUCAACAGUAUCAUCGACCGCCUCGGCCUUUCGACGUGGAAGGGGAAGGUCCGGGCCGGUGCCGUGGCCGACAUUGUGAUCCCGCCCUCCCAGGUCGACGCAUUCGCCGCCGAGACGGCCGGCAUGGAGGCCAUCACGAUGCACGAGGACCUGGGCGCGUCCAUCGCGGCCGAGUCGACAUUCCAAGCCUAUGCCGCCGGGUCCGCCAACGCCACUUGGUUCCAGUCAUACCACAGCUUCAACGACCAUCUCCAGUUUCUGAACGACCUCCAGCAGCAGUUCUCGACGCAGGCCGAGAUCGUCUCGUCCGGUAAGUCUCUGAACGGAAGGGACAUCACCGGCAUCCACUUCUGGGGCAAGUCGGGCAAGGGGAAGCCCGCCGUCGUCUUCCACGGGACCGUCCACGCACGCGAGUGGAUCUCGACCAUGGUCGUUGAAUACCUUGCCUACUACCUGCUCAACAACCAAGACUCUGCCGAGGUCGCCGGCUUCCUCGACAAGUACGACUUUUUCUUCUUUCCCUUUGUCAACCCUGACGGCUUCGUCUACACCCAGACCAACGACCGGCUGUGGCGCAAGAACCGGCAGAGCACCUCCGGUAGCAGCUGCAUCGGCCACGACAUCAACCGCAACUGGCCCUACAAGUGGGACGUCAGCGGCGGCGCCUCGACCAACCCCUGCGCCGAGGACUUUAAGGGAACCAAGGAGGCCGACGCCCCCGAGACCCAGGCCCUCUCCGCCUGGCUGAAGCAGACCAAGGAGAGCCAGGGAAUCAAGCUGUUUAUCGAUUGGCACUCGUACUCGCAGCUUUUCAUGACUCCCUACGGAUACUCGUGCACGGCCGUGGCGCCCAACAACUCCGAGCUGCAGUCCCUGGCCCAGGGCGCCGCGGCGGCCAUCAAGGCGGUGCACGGCACCAGCUUCAAGACGGGCCCCAUCUGCUCCACCAUCUACAAGGCCACCGGCAGCAGCGUCGACUACGCCAACGACGUCGUCGGCGCCGACUACGUCUUCACCGCCGAGCUGCGCGACACCGGCAACUACGGCUUCGUCCUCCCCGCCAGCCAGAUCCUGCCCAGCGGCGAGGAGACCUACGCCGGUGUGCGCUACCUGCUCCAGAACAUGAAGUAAUUAACAAAUGGGCGCGGCCGGGAAUGCCAUUCCCAUGUCCCCGGGGCAGAUAAUGUCCGGACUCCCCCCUUUUUUUGUCACCUUCCCUGGCAAGCCCGGGAAUUGAGUUACAAAUAUAUAUCUAUGCCGACGAAAGGGGGGAGGGAAUCUGGCCAUCCGCUUGCUGGAUGGCGGCUGGAUGGCGGCUGGAUGGCUCCAUGACCGAGAUUUAAUCAUUCAUGGAUAUUCUAGCUUCUACAACAACAACAAGAGAGGUUUCAGGACUGAU